CUGGAUGAGAACGCUCUGCUUGAGAAAGAUGGCUUCUGUAAUAUGGAGGAAUAACUCGGUAUAGGGAUCCUGGCGGCUGUCCUCUCAGCUCUCUCCCCAGAGCCACCAACCCCAGACUCUCCUCACAUAGCUGUAGUCCACUCUGCCCUUUCUCUGCUAAAGCCCAAGAAGCCUGAAAAAUAAAGCCUGAAAUGAAGUAUUCAACCACCAAAAUUUCCCCAGUAAAGAUGAACAACUCAGCAGGAAAAUCCCUGGUAAAAUCUCCUGGGUUGAGAAAAUCCCAACAGAAGGCCAAAGAAAUUUACAAGAUGUACUUUAUGCACCUACGUUCUGGCCUUGUCAUAGAAAAGAAGGCCUGUUACUUUAGGAAAGAAACUGCCAAAAGGCAUUCACCAGAAACAGUUGGAAAUCACAAAGAGCCACAUCUGCUAUUCACUACCUUUCAGAAGCACCUGGAAUACCUGGAACAAUUUGUGGAGGCCUCCCCCUUUGAUAUGCCUAUGGUCCAGACAGAUACUAGAACAUUUGAUGGCUCGAGUGUCCUAGAAUAUUCUUUUUCCCUGAGCACAUAUAGCAGUCAAUCCAUUACUUUUGGUUUUGCAGAUGAAAGUUAUGAGAUCUAUGUUGAAGAUUUGAGGGGAAAACAAGAGAAAGACAAGGUAUUAUUCUGUUACUAUGUCUUGCAGUUACCUGCAAGUGAAAUAGGUGAUUGUGUUGAUUGUCACAAAUUAAUGGUAAGCCUCAGUCUUACAAAAGACAAAGACUUUUUGCUGCAUGCCAACAACAAGGAGCACUCUGUAAAACUAAAAAAAUGUGAAAAUUCAUCGCCAGACCAGAUCUUCUUUUUUCUUCACACUGAGCUCCAACCCUCCCCAUAUGUUUCAUUUGAAUGUAAGAGCAAUCCUGGAGUGUUUAUAGGAGUAAAGGAUAACCAUGUUGCUCUAAUUAAAAAAGACCCAACUGAGCAUUCAAGAAGAGAGAAUAUAAAAUUUAAGCUGUCUUGAAUGUAAUGUGUUUGAAAGUUGUGAAUCCUGGGUUGAGUAGCCCAAAUAGUUACCAUGGAAGAGAUUGUCAAAAAGAGAGAGAGAGAUGAAAUAGAAUCUCUUGCCCUUUAAACAAUAACUCCCUUUCUUGUCCUUUCCCAGACCAUUAAUAGCCACUAUUUCUGCUUGUUAGCUCUGUAAGUUUGCCUCUUCUAGGUGCCUCAUAUAAGUGGAAUAAGAUAAUAGAUGUCCUGAUGGUGUUUUUAUAGCAUAAACGUUUAAUUUUGAUU